AUGGUCAAGACUAAGAAGUCCGGUGAUACCCUCUCCUCGCGCCUGGCGCUUGUGAUGAAGUCUGGCAAGGUCACCAUGGGUACCAAGUCCACCAUGAAGACUCUCCGCUCCGGAAAGGCCAAGCUGGUCCUCAUCUCCGGAAACUGCCCUCCUCUGCGCAAGUCCGAGCUUGAGUACUACGCCAUGCUCGCCAAGACCCCCGUUCACCACUUCAACGGCAACAACAUUGAGCUCGGUACCGCCUGCGGUAAGCUCUUCCGCUGCUCCGCCAUGGCUAUCCUCGAUGCCGGUGACUCCGACAUCCUGAGCCGUGAGGCUUAA